CUUCCUCCGCGCGUUCCAGUCCAAACUCCCGCCCGCAAUAGUAUUUAUUUUUUAAUUUUUUUUUUGUCAAUAUCGGUUUAAUUCUCUUCUUCCAGUAUGGCAGUGACUCAGGAUGAGUGUGCGGCGUCGUUUGAUGAGGACGAGCUCAGAGAAGCGUUAUGUGUUUUGGCGGGAAGCGACCCAGAUAACUGCUCUUAUUCCCGGGGCUAUGUGAAGAGACAGGCCGUGUUUGCCUGCAGCACGUGCACACCCAGUGCUGCAGAACCUGCUGGGAUCUGUCUGGCCUGUGCCAACAAGUGCCACGAUGGACAUGAUAUAUUUGAGCUGUAUACCAAAAGAAAUUUCCGUUGUGAUUGUGGAAACGCCAAGUUUGUCAGUUUUCAGUGCCAGCUCAUUCCUAUGAAAGAUGAGGAAAAUGUAAAAAACUGCUAUAAUCACAAUUUCCGUGGCACCUAUUGCUCGUGUGACCGGCCGUAUCCAGACACUGAAGAUCAGACCAACGAUGAGAUGAUUCAGUGCGUCAUUUGUGAGGAUUGGUUUCACUCCAGGCACCUUGGCUGCAUGGUAGUGGAUUCCGAGGAGCUGCAGGAAAUGGUUUGUGAGACCUGCAUGAACAAAGCUCCUUACUUGUGGACGUACGCGGCUCAUUUUGCAGUUAAAUGCCCAGAGGAGGAGGUAGACAUUAAUGUGGAGGAAGAAGGACAAUGUGGCUCCGGUCAUAAAGACAGUGAAGAAGAGUCUUCCACCAGCCAAGGGGAGAAGCAGGAGCAUGAAAGCAGGUCUUCUGGCAAACGGACUCAUGGUGAAAUGACAGGUGACCCUGUGAAGGCCUCGGUUGAGUCGUGCAGGCUGCAGGAGCUGCAGGCCAAGGGGCCGGAGAGACCCCGGGUAGGAGCUGUGUUCUGGCCUUACAGCUGGAGAUCCAAACUCUGCACCUGCAUAAGCUGCAAGAGGGCCUAUGUGGAGGCCGGGGUACAGUUUCUCAUGGAUCAGUCCGACACAGUUCUGGCCUAUGAGAACCAAGGCAUGGAAGAGCCGUUUGGGGAGGACCCGCUGAUGUCACUGUUGAGCUCAAUGGAUCAUGUGCAGCAGCUGGAGAUAAUUUACCAGUUAAACGACAUGAAGACUGAGCUCUACGCAUUCUUAAAUCAGUUUGCUGUCGAAAGAAAGGUGGUCACAGCAGAAGCUAUCUACCAGUUCUUUGAAGGGCUGCAGUCCAGAAAGAGACGCAGAAUAACUGCAGGAUACCAGUAACAAGGAUGCUUAAGGACAGGUCACAUCUUUCAAAAGUUCAACUUUGUGUCAAAUUAAGGUCACUUUUUUUUUUUUUUUUUUUUUGCUGCCAUCCAGACAACAAGCAACAUCCUACUUUAGAUUUGAGUAAAGUGGAACUUGGAGCUUUACAGUAAAACGUUGCUAGAAUGUUGCAAAUUUAGACAUCUUGAAUGUACGUACCUAUUAAUGUGGCAGCUGUGUGUAGGUGUGAAUAAUUUUGUGUAGUUCUAGCUGUUGGCGCUGGUUCAGCCUCACUUAACUUUGGAGUCAUGGGUGCUGGAACACUGAGGUCAGAAUUGGUUAAGUGGAAAAUUCCAACAUCCUACUUUGAAUGCAGACAUAAGACGUCAGUACUUGCUUCCAGUUAUCCCUUUGUGUUACUUUCAUGAGUUAAUGUGAUUUUUGGACUUACUGUUUAUUAAUUUUACCAUCUUUGAAACUCAUUGUGGAGGAUGUUGUAAUGGAAUAGUUGUAUGUAAAUGUUACACAAUAGUCUCCAAGAAGAAGGAAUUGGUUUUACUCUUUAAAAAGGUUGAUUACCUUUGUUUCAGCCUACUGGAUGACCAUGUGACUGUUAGCAUCAAACAAACAACCGUGCAGUAGUUCAUGAGCCUGAAACCCACUUUUGACCUAAUCAAUAUCACUUAAGGUGCCUAACAACACCUCAGUGUGACAUGGCCUACAUGAAAAUGCAGGACAGCCAUCUGAGGGUGGCAGCUAAAAAGCCAAGUAGGAGUCAAGGGAUCACACAAGGGUCAAAAUUUAAAAAUGCCCCAAUCAUAUUGAAGUAUACCACAUCUGUCUGAUCACAGGGAUUCC